AUCAAUUUAAUGCAUCAUUGCUGAAAAAAAACAACAACAAAAAACCUUUGUACAGAUUUGAACAUUUCACGUUGCCUAAAAAAUUGUUCAAAUAUUAAGAACACUGCAUUUAUAUAUAUUAACAUUAACACAGAUUAAUAAAUUAAAAAAGGGUCUCACUACAUUAUUUAUAAUUAUUGACAGCUUAAAAAAAGCGUUUAAGGCAAUGAAACUUUAAGAUCUCAAUAAGCAAGCUAGACACACUUAGAUUAGACAUCUUAGUUUUUUUAUGUGCAUGCACAUGCAUUUGUAUUAGUUCACAUAUAUAUCUGUCACUUUGUCUCAGCUAUUACCAGCAAAAACCCAGUCCUUUCAGAACACAAUCAACAUAUCCUGUCGAAGCUGCUGACCCAUAUAAAAUGCAUCUCAGUGCACUGCUGGUGUACAAAUUUGUUAUUCAGAAGUCUGCUGAUGUGAAUAUGGGUGAAACGUGAGAACGUGGGAGAGUGCAGAGUUUAAGCGCCCAAGUUAAACAUAUAGUGAUACAGAAGAACCUCUAAAGAACACCUUUCUAGCCCGCCUUUUAUAUUACAUGUGAAAAAAACGAUGAACUGAUAUUACAAAAAGACACGCAUUGCAGAUUUGUCUUCAUUAUAAGAGUUAAAUGUUCUCAAGAUGAUUAUCUACAGUACUCCAGAUUUGUCUAUCUAUGUCAAGAUCAGGAAGUUAAAGGCUUCCUCACCAGCCCAUAUAAACAGAAAGGUUAGAUGCAGGGCUCAGACACUUGCUGUCCUUUGUGUGCCAGCUCCGAAGAGCCAUCAGGGAACUUACAUUUUUAUUCUGAAGAUGCAGCUGUCUUUGGUUUUCAGAGCUGUGCUGCUGCUUUACCUGCUUGGCCAUUUAUUAAAUGGUGCUUCUUCUCAGAAAAAGUCUAAAAGAAAAUCAAAAAAAGGAAAGCGGGUCAUCUUGGAUCCAUCUCUGAACCUUUCAAUGAACGCCCCCCCUUCUCCAAGCAGAUCUUUAUCACCAUGGACAUACGAAGAAUCCUGGGACAAUUCACGAAUCCCAUCGGAAAUCUCUGAGGCAAAAUGUGAAAAAAAAGGCUGUUUAACCAAAGAUGGUGAAGAAGACUUCGGACUGGAAUCUAAACCCAUUUACUACCAGAUCAACAUCUUGAGGAGAGUGAAGAAAAAAAAUGCUAUGCAGUAUGCCCUUAAACUAGAGACUAAAAUCGUUAGUCUGGGCUGUACAUGUGUUCUACCCAUUGUUGUGCCUCAGAAUUAGUUUGAUACUGUACUCUUACUAUGUUAUAUAUUGUGUAUAUCUAUAUUGUUGCAUUAAUCUGCCUAUAGGUACAGCAAACUUCUGUGGCAUUGAUCAGCUUUGUAUUUAUUAUCUG